AUGGGCCCCUACCCGCGCACGAGUAGGGGAAAACAAUAUUUACUGGUUGCCACGGAUAUGUUUAAUAGGUGGACCGAGGCAUGCCCCCUAGGGACAGCCACUACAAAAACAAUAACCGAAACGCUCGAAAGAGAAUUCUUUUCACGUUACGGAUACCCCCGUGUGUGCCUAAGUGACAACGGCCCCCAGUUCGUAGCAAACGAUAUGCGCAACGCGAUCGAACGGUGGGGAGCCGAGGGCUGGACAACUCCGGUAUAUCACCCAAGGGCCAACCUUGUCGAACGGCGCAACCAGGAAAUAAAAAAAAGGUCUACGCGCUUUACUCACCAACGGAUACCCCCCUCGGUACUCGUCCUCGGCAGAGAGGGCAAACGACCGGGUGAUUGGGCACUGAGUAGGACAACUGCCGACCCGAUUGAACACAUAAAUAGGGAGAGGGAAAAGCGUGAGAAAGACGUACUGGACAUACCACCGAUAACAGGUGGCCAGACGCAACCCACAUUCAAAACAGGUGACGUCGUUUACUACAAAGCGCACGACAAAUUUCACGCCGGUUUCGCACUAAAAUGGUGGGGACCGGUAAGACUACACAAACGCGUAGGAAAAGGUGUAUUCCUCACGGACCAACAACCACCGCGCAAAAUUCACGUGUUAUGUCUUAAACGCGCGCCAACCACAACACACCCACACUCCAACACCACCACAAACAGAUAA